UCUGUGUUCCUUUGGCUAAUGCUGUGUUACCUCGCAAAUACAGUGGAAUGCAAAAGGUUUGAAAAAGAAUGCAAACAAUAUUGCAAGGGAACAUAAUGUUUCAAAGCUUUUACUUGCAGGCUCUCAGUGAAGUCGUACAUCUGGCUUCGGUCGUGUUUUAUAUGUGAGCUAUAAAGCAAGCAGACAGUUGAACAUUCAUUCAUUAACAGUGACGGUCAUGAAACGAACGGGUCAUUUAACUUGUUCCGAGCUGAGGAGCAAAUCGUGUCUGACACCGAGCUGAGCCGGGAGUGGGAGCGGAGCAGAGCCGGGAGCUCUGAGGGCGAAUGAGGAGCUGAUCCGCGCCGGCAGCCCGCAGUGACAGAGAAGCCUCCCUCUCAGUACAGCAGGACCCGGAGGCUUUACCGCUGGCACAGCAGACAGCUGGACACGGGAGCUCUCAGUAAGACAGUCUGAGCGUGCAGAGUGUUGGAGAGCAGAGCAGGAUGCUGGGGCGUGAGGGUGGUGGGAUGAGGGUCUGCUACUGGCUAACACUGGUCACAGGCUUGGUGGAGUGUUUAUGCUUCGCUGGGGUCGUGUUCGGAUGGGCCUCGCUGGUCUUCGUGCUCAAGAGCGACGGCUACUUCAGCUACCUGUGUGUGAACAAGACGGUCAAUGGGACCAUCACAGAAGAUUGCGGUGCACAAGAUGAGCAGCUCUCCAUCAUCUUCACCAUCGCCUCCUUCAUGAACAACUUCUUCACGCUACCAAAUGGCUUCCUGUUUGACCACUGUGGUACCAGGGUAACCAGACUUGUGGGAAUAUCUAUCUACACCACUGGGACCUUGCUGAUAUCCUUCUCAAAUGCUGCACUCUCAGUCCUCCUCUACCCCGCUCUCUCCUUCAUUGCUGUCGGAGGGAUACUGUUCUUAGUCACUAACAUGCAGGUGGGGAAUCUCUUUGGAUCCCAUCGUUCCACCAUCAUAACCCUGUACAAUGGAGCCUUUGACUCUUCUUCUGCUGUCUUCCUUGUUGUCAAGCUUCUGUAUCAAGAUGGUGUGUCUCUACGUGCUGCCCUCAUCUUCCUGUCCAGCUGCAGUGUGGUCCAUCUGAUCCGCACCUUUCUGUUGAUGCCUCGCUCACACAUACCCUACCCUCUUCCUGAGAACUACAGCUACGGGCUGAAAUGUGGAAAUGCACGGAAGUCUCGCUCUCAAGAAAAUGGAGCUGGAAGCAGCAACAUUCAGACUUCCCAGGUUACUGAGACAACGCCAUUUCACACAGAGAAUUCCAGCCAAGCCCCCAAGACUGAGACAGCAGAGCGAAGCUUCAAGAGCUGUAUCCUCUCCUGGUUCUUCUUCUUGCACCUGUUGUGGUUGUCAGUCAUGCAGCUGAGGCAUUACCUGUUCAUCGGGACUCUCAACCCUAUGCUCAGUCGCCUCACAGCUGGAGACCCUGGCCUUGUGAGCACUUACACAAACGCAUUCGCCAUCACCCAGCUGUGUGGGAUACUGUGUGCCCCCUGGAAUGGACUUAUCCUGGACCGCCACAAAGGAAAACCAAGAGAAGCAGGCCAGAGUGAGACUGAGGCAGACCUGAAGGCAGCCGUGCUGUCUCUGUUUGUGACGGUGCUGCAGUGUGUGUUGUUCUCCCUGUGUGCUGCCAUUCCUCUCCUUCCCCUGCAGUACCUCACCUUCAUCCUGCAAGUCCUCAACAGGUCCUUCCUCUACGGAGGCAAUGCAGCCUUCAUCAGCAUGGCAUUCCCUCCGGCACAUUUUGGGAAGUUGUAUGGAACAUUGAUGGCUCUCUCAGCUGUGGUGUCACUCCUGCAGUAUCCCUGCUUCGCUCUCAUCAAUGGACCUCUGGGGGGAAACCCCUUUGCUGUAAACGUUGCUCUGACCAUCCUGAGCUGCCUGGCAUUUAUCCACCCCGUCUUCAUUUACCUGCACUGCCGGCGUCGAGCAGCGGAACGGACCAAGACCAACAACCCUACCUCCUCUUAGGACCACCUCACCAAGGGAAUGUUAUUUUAACCUCCAGCAUUGCUCGUUUUCCAGUAAAUCACAAAAUAAAUGCUGAACCACUCCAGUCAGCAUUCGUAUAGAAAGUAGCAUUAGUGUCUUUGUUACCUAUAGUACUGGCUGAAUAUGAACGAUGAUUAAGCUAUUUUUAUGUUUAUCACUGCCCAAUUUGCUUUGCACAAAUGAGAAUGUAUGUUCCUUACAAAACAUUUUUUAUAAUGUGAAUUUUUCAUUCUGUUAGAGCAGGGGUGCCAAAUCAUGGUCCUGGAGAUCUACUACCAGAGUUUAGCUCCAACCCUAAUCUAACACACCUGGUCCAGGUAAUCAAGGCCUUCAGAGGAAUCUGACAGUGUGAGACAGCAGUGCUGGAUAUGAACUCUCCGGGAUGGCAGAUCUCCAGGACCCCAGGUUUAGAGCAGUGGUUCUGAAAUCAAUCCUCAGGGACCCUCAGAUGGUCCACAUUUUUGCUCCAAUCUAGCUUCCAACACAUCAAUAGAGCAAAAAUAUGGAUCACCCAAGGGUCCCUUUGAGACCGCUGUGUUUGAGGCCAUAGAGCAGUCAAACCUUAUCCUGUUUUCAUUCUGACCAAGCAGGAGCGUGCAUGAUCAGCUGUUCAGAAACUGUGAGUUUGAAGUGUGUUCCAGCUCGUUUGGGACGAAACCCGAAGCCACACCGGCCUCUUAUAGAUAAGAUUCGACACCACUGGCAUAAGACGGUGUUAAACCCCUACCCCACCUACGCAGACUCCACCUCUCAGCCACUGCUGAACAUCUAAGGCCAGUUAGCCAGCACAUAGGCUACGACCGUGGUCACCAACCCUGGUCCUGGAGAGCUAUCUAGUUCUAACCACAAUCUGAAACACCUGCUCCAGCUAAUUAACUUCUUCAGAAUGCUUUAUGAGUUGCUUUAGCGUCAGGCCGGGGGAAUGGCAUGUUCACUGCCGUUUGGGACUAAAGUUUCCUGGAAAGCAAACCAGGGUCGAUGCCCACUGGGCUAAUGCGAGUGCAAGACUUAAAAGGGACCAGAGCAGCUGUUAAGUUCAGCCCACAAGUUCUCAAACAGCAGUGGUUCUCAAACCAGUCCUGAGGGACCCUCAAGAUGGUCCAUAUUUUUUGCAACAUCCUAACUUGCAACACAUAAGGAUAGAGCAAAAAUGUGCACCAACUGGAGGUCCCUGGUGUAAGAACCAACAGAUCCUAACCAAUGCAAUGGCUACUAAACAGUGUGCUGUAUACAGUGUACUCUGGGACAUGUAUUAUAAAGUAAUACCCUGCUGAUGUCAGAAGAACACCUUGUAUCUUCCAAAUGGUACCUUUACAGGAGAAGGAACAAACCUACUUUACUUUCAAUGUAAGUCAAUGGAACCAGACUUCUGGGGCGUUUUUUUAUUUUUUUUUUGGUCUAUCCAUCAUGAAAUUUACAAUGUAAAAGAAACAUAUACUUUCAAAUUCUGUCGAAAACGUAAAAAAACCAUACAAAUGGAGAUACAAGGUUUUCUUUCGACAACAGUGAUAUGAACAAUAUCAACAUAGUUUGCACACACACAUUGAAGUGUUGUUCAUAAGCAUGUAUAGUGUAGAAAGUGCAAGCUUUCUCCCAUGUAACUGGCAUGCAUAUAGCAGCAUAAGUGUGCUGCCCUCUGCAGGGCACAAGAGGCCUUACAUUCCAGACACUGUGAUGCUUUUCAGUAUUACUUUUAAAAAUAUAUGAAUAAAAAUAUUAUUAAUAAAA